AUGGAAGAUCAGCCUGCCCUUUUUGAGACUUUGUCUGACCCGCGACUUUUACAUCACCUUCCGGAUGAACUUGUCGAAAUACUUUGCCGGAGCGCGGAGCCGUUGAAUGAAUUAUCACGCCUUUCAUUGAAUCCGAGCUACACGGCGAAGCUAUUUUCAAUAUUUGAGCCUAUAUGUGUGGAUAUUGCUGCGAGAUGGCUAUCCAUCAACUUAUUGUCCUCUCCUUUUGAAGUCAUAGCCGCCUUCUCCAGAAUUUUGCCUCUUGCACAAUAUCUACAGCCAUUUGUACGCCUCCUCCUCCAGCGCCUAAAUGGCAAGGUACCGUUAUUUUCCGAAUCUCCGGACAUCGAUUUCGAAGAUACAAGUGACGAAACUUUACUCUUGUUACUCUUAUCAUUCUUUCGUUUACUAAGCUUUGAUCGGGAGAUAUUCUCCAUUUUCGUCUCUCCGGCUCGAUUAGGGGCUUUAUUUUCGCAUUCCAAUAGUAUUCUGAGAUAUUUGAGCAUUAGGUGCUUUUGUCUAUACAUGCAUGCUGCUGAUGCGUCCAUGCAAUCGAUGCUUCAACAAUAUUGCGGAGAAGAUCUGCUUCUGGGCCCGUGGGAGGACCAGAUGAUUGACUACAGGCUUCUAAGCCUUUGGGAAGAAAAGAGAUGGAAUGAUUUUCAGACAGAUCUGCUAAACGUACGAAGCAGUCGCGAUUCAUCUAUCUUUGAUACGUGCAUUCAGCGACUUCCCGUAUCGCCCCUCACAGCUGUGAUUGGCGGUGUUAUAAUUCCGAAAGUCGAACAGCGCCGUAAAACAAACCUUCGUACAUUGGUGCAGACAUCCACUGUUUUAGAAAACUUACGCAGAGUUGGAUUGGGUCUUCUCUCCUCUGAGCCUCUUUUACUCAUCGGCCUGGCGGGUGCAGGAAAGACAUCACUCAUAUCUCACGCGGCGGAUGCAAUGGGGCAAUCGGCCUCCAUGAUAACGUUGCAUUUAAAUGAGCAAACUGAUCUGAAAAGCUUACUUGGAGUAUAUUCAACUUCUACGCGAACUGGGGGAUUCAUCUGGCAACCCGGCUCUCUUGCAAAGGCCGCAAAUGAAGGGCGAUGGGUGUUGAUUGAAGACCUUGACCGAGCACCUUCCGAAGUCCUGAGUGUCAUUUUGCCUCUGAUUAAGAACCGUGAACUCAUUAUCCCGAAUAGAAAAGAGCGCAUCCAAUGUGCUGAAGGCUUCAGGAUUAUCGCCACUAUGAGAUCUACUAUUAACUCGAAAGGCCUUGAGGUCACCUCAGGUGAGACCCUGCUUGGUAACAGAUUAUGGCGCCGGAUUCAAGUGAUGUCCCUGCCAUCGGCGGAAGUCAGGCAAAUCAUACAGGAAGAGUUUCCCCUACUUUCAAUGGCUGGAUACGUUGAUAUGUUUCUCAAUCUCUAUGAUCGAAUAAUAGAGGUUGUGCGUGUAUCAACUAUGGCCCACAGCAUCCAAGGAAGAUUUAUCGGACUACGUGAUUUAAUAAAAUUUUGCUGGAGAAUUGAACGACGUCUUGAAAAGUUGGGCAUUUCAACGAGCAGGGGGGCAAUCCCCGAAAGGACUGACGACGAAAUACUCAUGGAUGCGGUUGAUUGUUUUGCCGCAUUCGUACCGAACAAGGCAUUUCGACUCAAACUUAUAGGCGAAAUUGCCGCAGAACUCCGUGUGCCUCCUCAGCGCAUGAACUUUUGCUUGUUUGAGCGUGUACCUGAAUACUCAGAGGCUCAGGAUGGACUACUCAUUGGGCGAGAGGUGUGCCCGACUCUGAAAGUUUUAAAUACCCAAACUUCACGGUUGUCAGUGGGUAAGUCUCUCGCAUUCGCAUCAACCAAGGCAUCAUUGAGGACUAUGGAGCAAUGUGCUGCGGCUUUCCAAAUGUCUGAACCCUUGCUACUUGUUGGCGAAACAGGUAUUGGAAAAACUGCAAUCAUUCAACGUUUAGCAUGUUUGUUAAACCAGCGCCUUACGGUAGUGAACCUCUCUCAGCAGAGUGAGACAACCGAUUUGAUUGGGGGCUAUAAGCCAGUCAAUCUCCGAUCCAUCGCAAUUCCUCUAGUGGACAGGUUUCACUCUCUCUUUGACGCUACGUUUUCCGUAAAGAAGAAUCAAAAAUUUCUAUCUUCAGUUUUAAAGAGUGCCACCACUGGAAACUGGUCUCGUUUGCUGAAUGUCUUGAACGAGGCUGUUAAAAUGUCUUCCAGGUUGUUUCAUGAGCCUGAAACUGGACCCUAUGGUGAGGAGAGAAGCUCUGAGCAACAGCCAGCAAAAAGGAGGAAGGUAGACAUCUCAAAAUACGGCAACCUAAAGCAAAGAUGGCAAUCCUUUACGCAAGACUUACAGGACUUCGAAACACAUAUAUCCCGAGGAGACACUAAGAUGUCUUUUGCCUUUGUACAGGGAAAAGUUGUGAAAGCCUUAAGGGAUGGGGAAUGGGUUCUUUUGGAUGAAAUAAAUUUAGCAUCUCCUGAGACCCUCGAAAGCAUUUCCGGGUUACUCAGUCACGGACGAGACGGUCUUCCUUCUAUCCUUCUCUCCGAAGCUGGAGAGGUUGAGGCUGUUCAAGGCCACCCUGAUUUCCGCAUAUUUGCUGCUAUGAAUCCUGCAACUGACGCAGGUAAACGUGACCUGGCUCCUGGAUUGAGGUCUCGCUUUACGGAACUGUACAUUCAACCACCUGAUAGCGAUUUUGACGACUUAAUAAGCCUAAUUCAAGCGUACUUGGGCCAGCUGGCGCAUCAUGAUCGUACAGCCGCGCCAGCACUCGCUAGCUUGUAUCUUGAGAUAAAGAGAUUAAAUGCUGAGAACAGAUUGACUGAUGGGGCAGGUCAAAGACCCCAUUUCAGUAUACGCACAUUAGUCAGGACGCUGCUAUACAUAAACGACCAAGCUCAUAUUUAUGGAGUCCGCCGUGCAAUGUAUGAGGGAUUUUGUAUGAGCUUCUUAACGCUACUAGGAAAAGAAUCCGAGCAACUUGUUGCUCCCUACAUCGAUAAAUUUCUCUUUGAGAAACAUGGAAAUGCAAGAUCAUUGCUAUCAAAAACACCCAAGGAACCUCCAGAUGGGUCGCAGCAUAUACAAUUCAAGCAUUACUGGAUGCGGAAGGGCGGUCUCGAACCAGAACUUCAGCCACACUAUAUUAUUACUCCCUUUAUCGAGAAGAAUUUGAUGAAUCUGGUAAGGGCAAGUUGCACAAGGAGAUUUCCGAUUCUUUUGCAAGGCCCGACAUCUUCUGGGAAAACCAGUAUGGUCGAACAUCUGGCAAAAAUCUCGGGUAAUAAAUUCGUAAGGAUCAAUAACCACGAACACACAGAUCUUCAAGAAUAUCUAGGCUCGUACGUUUCCCGAGAAGAUGGCAGCUUGCGGUAUCAGGAGGGUAUAUUGGUUGAAGCCUUAAGAAACGGAUAUUGGAUUGUUCUUGAUGAACUUAAUCUUGCUCCGACCGAUGUUCUAGAAGCCCUUAACCGAUUACUGGAUGAUAAUAGAGAACUUUUCCUUCCUGAGACACAGGACGUCGUUCGUCCGCACCCGAAUUUUAUGUUAUUUGCUACUCAAAACCCUGCUGGUUUGUAUGGUGGGAGGAAAGUCCUCUCUCGUGCUUUUCGAAACCGAUUCCUCGAGCUCCACUUUGAUGAUAUUCCUGAAGAGGAGCUGGAAUUUAUUUUGACAGAGCGAUCGCAGAUAGCUCCUUCGUUUUGUAAAAGAAUCGUUUCUGUAUAUCGCCAGCUGUCUAUUCUGCGACAAUCUAGCAGGUUAUUUGAGCAAAGGAAUAGUUUUGCUACACUACGUGAUCUCUUCAGGUGGGCAUUAAGGCGUGCUGAUAACAAAGAACAACUUGCUGCUAACGGAUUCAUGCUUCUCGCGGAACGAGUCAGGAAUCCGGAGGAGCGACUUGCUGUCAAAAAGGUCAUCGAAAAGGUUAUGGGUGUUAACAUCAACGAACGAUCGUUGUAUGAUACUAUCAAUGUGACUUCCCGUUUCUCUCAGCCAUCUACCGUUCCUCACGGGCUUGUUUGGACAAAUGCCAUGAGGAGACUUUUCGUCCUGGUUUCGAAUGCCAUCGAUCAUAAUGAGCCAGUGUUACUUGUAGGAGAUACAGGCUGCGGCAAAACGCAGCUAUGUCAAGCAAUUGCCGAAAUAUACGGGAAAGACCUAAACAUACUCAAUGCUCACGUCAACCUUGAGACAGGAGAUCUUAUUGGUGCGCAGCGACCACUGAGAAAUAGAAAUUUGAUCAAACAAACCCUUGUUGCGGAUAUUUCGUCAAUUUUAUAUCAACUCAAUGCGAUGACAGAAGAGAGUGAUUUGAGGCUGGACGACCUUCAAAAGGCUUUUAUGUCUCUCUCCCCAGCUCAGCUUGAGGGCUUAGACAAAAAAAUCCUAGAUCGAAUACAUAUUAAUAUUUCUAGAGUCAAUGCACUCUUCGAGUGGGCUGAUGGAAGCCUAGUGUCAUCAAUGAAAAAAGGCCAGCAUUUUCUGCUUGAUGAGCUAUCUCUUGCUGAUGAUUCAGUUCUUGAGCGCUUAAAUAGCGUCCUUGAGCCGCAUAGAUCCCUUCUUUUAGCAGAAAAGGGCCCCAUUGACUCCCUGGUCGUUGCAGCACCAGGGUUUCAGUUCUUGGCCACAAUGAAUCCCGGUGGUGACUAUGGUAAAAGGGAGCUAUCUGCUGCUUUAAGGAAUCGUCUCACUGAAAUUUGGGUUCCUCAGCUUUCAGAUGCGGACGAUAUCAUACCUAUUUUAGAGGCAAAACUCCAUCCUACAUUUCAAAACUCAGCGCUACCAAUGAUGUGUUUUGCAAAGUGGUUUAAAGAAAACUAUCAAGGCUCCGCUUCAGCUUCUAUUUCCGUCCGCGACUUGCUUGCUUGGGCAAGUUUUGUCAAUGAUUGCAAGGAGCUUGAUUCUGUAUCCGUAUUGGUUCAUGGAGCAUGUUUGGUAUAUAUUGAUUCGUUGGGUGCCAAUCCCUCUGCAAUACUUGCUGUCUCAUCUGGGGAUCUUGUUAAAGAUCGCCGUAGAUGUCUAGAGGAACUUGGGAGGCUUUUCUCGUUCGAUGCGAUAUCUGUAUACUUCCAAAAAAUCAAUACUUCGAUUAAUGAGGGCUACAUGGAAAUAGGCCCUUUCUGUCAUGAAAUCCGUCCUGGUUCUCAGACCGACCCUAAUUUUGCAUUAGAUGCACCGACGACGUUGACAAAUACUCUUAGGAUUGCAAGAGGUCUUCAGUCAAAUAAACCAAUAUUGAUUGAAGGAAGCCCUGGCGUUGGAAAAACUACCCUUGUAGCAGCACUUGCUAGUAUUCUUGGGAUAAAUCUCACACGUAUUAACCUGUCCGAGCAAACGGACCUCACGGACCUGUUUGGGUACGAUGUUCCCGUUGAAGGCGCCGAGAUUGGAAACUUUACCUGGAGCGAUGCACCGUUUCUGCGAGCUCUGCAACAAGGUGGCUGGGUACUCCUUGACGAAAUGAAUCUUGCUUCUCAAUCUGUCCUUGAAGGGUUAAAUUCUUGCUUGGAUCAUCGACAACAGGUUUAUAUUGCAGAGCUGGACCAAACCUUCGAUAGGCACCAAGACUUUGUUCUCUUUGCAACACAAAACCCGCAUCACCAAGGUGGGGGUAGAAAAGGCCUUCCAGCAUCUUUUGUCAAUCGGUUUACAGUUGUUUAUGCUGAUUCGUUCACCAUGCACGACCUGAAACUUAUCUGCACUAAGCUCUCUCCUAGCCUUUCUCCAAACCAUGCUGGACAAAUGGUAGAAUUUAUUUCCGCUAUAAACUCUCAGCUGCUAGAUCACCGUGGGAUGGGGCAGAUUGGAGGCCCGUGGGAAAUUAACCUGAGGGAUCUAUCUCGGUGGCUUAUACUGCUGGAUAAACCAGAAAUGAGAUCUUAUGCCUCCCAAUUUCUUGAUAUCAUAAUAUCCCAGCGUUUUAGAACUGCAGGGGACAGAGAAACGGUCGCGAAGCUUUAUGGAAAAAUCUUUGGAAAAGACCCCGAUCAUAAAAGCUAUUUUCAUAAUUUGAAAACUGAUUUUUUUCAUGUUGGUAUUGGAAAACUCAAACGCGAUGAAACACUGCAAAGAGUCUUUGAAAGACAAAUUGAAAUUUACCCUAAAGACCUCCCAAUCCUAGAGUCACUUAUGUUCUGUGUUGAGAACAAAUGGCCGACUGUUCUCGUUGGGCCAUCCGGUUGCGGUAAAUCGGCCACGCUUCAGAAGCUUGCUGCACUUAGUGGAGCUAAGCUUGUUGAGCUAUCCUUGAAUGCGGAUACUGACGCCAUGGACUUAAUUGGCGGAUUUGAACAGCGGGAUGAACACCGCCGCCUAUCGCUUCUUAUCAACGAGCUUAUAGACGCUUUACAGUACCAUAUCAUCCGGGCAUACAAAAAUGUGCCCCUUAGAGAAGUUACUAAUGAGUUGGUGGAACUAUACAGACUACUCAAAAUGAAAUCUUUGUCCCUCGAAAAGGUGUCUAAGUCCCUACAUCAUAUUUCUUGUCAACACGAAGAUCCGCGCUUCAAGCACUUUUACGAUCGUUGUGUGCAACUUCUGGCUUCAAACAGUGACAACCAUGUUGGCUUCGAAUGGACAGAAAGCCUGCUGAUUCAUGCGGUUGAAAGAGGAGAUUGGGUUGUAUUGGACAAUGCUAAUCUCUGUAAUGCGACAGUUCUUGACAGGUUGAAUUCGCUCAUGGAACCAAAUGGCUGUCUUAUCAUUAACGAACAGCGCACAAAUGAUGGGUCGAUAAAAAUUGUACGACCACAUCAACAGUUUCGUUUAUUCCUUACGAUGGACCCCCGGCAUGGUGAACUUUCUCGAGCAAUGCGAAAUCGAUCCGUCGAGCUCUUCUUUCUGCCCAGUGAAGUUCCUUCUUGCAGUCUUUCCCCGAUAGCCUAUACUUGCGAAUCUGCCGUGUAUCGUAUUCGAAAUUGCAUCUUCAGUGCAGCCACAGACGACCGUGGCUUGGAGAUUGCGUUAGAUCAUUUACCCCCAGGAGAUAUUACAAGAAUCAACCAAAAUUUACAUUCCCUUGGGCAACUAUGGACCGAAAGCGCAGGUAGCCCCAUAGAGACGGUGUCUUUUACAAUCGCCCGCUAUUACUCUUUGCUAUCAAAUGGCCGGUUAAUUGGCUGGCGAGAAGACUUGUCUCUUAGUGAAAUCACUGACGAAAACAAGUUCUUGAAAAGGGAACAGUGCUUUGAGCCGGUCCAUCCUCUAGUGAAUGAGCCUCGCGCAUUGAGCUCUCCUCGACCCGUUCAAGACCCUUUUUGCCUUACAAGGGUCGCCAAGAUCCAAGAAACCCAACUAGGUACUGCUCGACUAUUUCAAGAGUUGUCUCGUGUAGAAAAUGCGGCUCGGAGCAAAAAGUCAUCUGAAAUGAAUCGGUUGGAACGCUCCAUGACAUCUAUCACGAUUGUUCCCCACAGAAAGGACUCUACGUCACACAUUGCCACCUUCCUUAAAGAUUCAUGUCAGGCUUUGAUGGACUUCUUCCAAGAUGUGCGGUUGGACUCCCUAGAUGAAACUCAUCUAGAAGCCGCAAAAUCUAUUCUCGAGUUUUCCUUGGAUAUCUUUCGAUUGGGCGUGGGAAAUGACUUUGAAGACGCUCUAUUUUUAACCUAUAUUAACAUUGGAAAAGCUCUCUGUAAACCCUUGCGACCCGGUUCUAUUCGUUUGUUCGAGUGCUGGCCGCAAAUGUUGGAUUCUUUCCAAGCUAACUGGAAGCUUACUACCGGUGAUAGUAUGCAAAUAAUGUGGGAAAAGUGGAGACCCGCAACCGCAUCAAGUCCACUCCGCCUACAAAACAUGGUGGAAUUGGAGCUUCUUUGCUCACGCUUUGAUACUUUGAUACGAUCAACAAGCCUUCCUCUAGCGGAUCUUGCUCGGUUAAGCAAUUUAUUAAUUCAGGCGCAAGAGUCAUUGCUACUGGGUUCUGAUGCAGGCCAAUUGGUGCACGACCUGACACGGAUUAUUAUUGAAGCGGAGCGUAAAGCCAGAAAUUUUGAAUUUGAAACCGACUCAUACUUUUCAGUGGAAUUCGAAACAAUAUGUCAAUAUCAUGACCUUUCGGCUAGACAAACAAUUGAUACCUGGGGGUCUUUACAUGGCGUUGUAAGGCUCCUUGCAGGUCGAUCGUCUGUGCCUAAUGAUCUCUCCUCCUCUGGAAACCCUGCCCCAGGACUACUCUGCAAUCUUGCCCGAUUUUCGGGUUUUCAAAGUUCAUUCACCAACCAUUAUGCAUUGAGAGGCAAUUUAUCACUCUCCAUUAUCCGGAAGCUGAAGCAUAUUGGUGAUGUGCCACUCCAUAGAAUGGAAGCUCUUGAAUCUGAAGUGAAAAUGCUGACUGAGGCGCUCGCCGCAAGCUCCAUUCAAAUCUCGCAAGACCAGUUCGCGCUACUUGGAGAUAAUAUGAAGGAGUUAAUUAAAGAAUAUUUACUUUGUCACCAGAGUCUUAUGGAUACUGAAGCGCUACGGGCCUUUUUGGAGUCCAUUGACAAAUCUAGUGGCUCAACCUCGUUACUUUCCGGUGACGGGGAGCUUAAUAUCGAAAUAAAAUCGCAUACUGAGGUUGAGAGGUACCCAAAUUUUAGUACUUUUUUGUCAAAUUCAUUGAUUCAAUGUAUCACCGAUUGUGAUGCAACAUAUUCUAAGCGACACGUUUUGUUACGGCUUGGGAAAACGCUUGUAGCAUUUGCUACAACAUUAUUAAAAAGUUUCGUUCCGGAUCGGCCCUUUGACCCAUCAUUAGGGGUGGUUGCUGAACAUGAAAGAUAUUUACAAAAAAAACUUGAAAAGAAUAACAUCCUUCAAGCAUUAUUGAAUUUCGAAAGAAGGUAUUCUGGUUGUGAUACAAGUGUUCGUAUUCGAGCAGCGGAAGAUGGGCUGCGGCUCCUGGGAGACGCGCCGCCACCACUACGCAUAAUCAGGCCCAAACCUUCUCACUUAAGCAAUCUUCAGGGCGAACUUACUACCAUAUUGACGUCGGUCAUCAACAAAACUGGAGACGAUUUUUCGGUAGUAUCCGAAGAGUCUGGCUAUAUAGGCUCGCGCCUAGUGAAGGAGAAUAUUCGUCAUUUAUGUACUCGUCUUACUGAUAGCUACAGGGCAUAUGAUGAUAUCACUACUCCAAUUGUCCGAUUUCUUCAAAUGCUGCACCUUGGGAUAAGCCUUAUCGAGGACGGUCAAAAGAAAGCAACGGGUCUCGAAGACUUUAUUGAUACCAUUAGUAAAGCGACACCAUUUUUUGGAGGAACAGAACGUGUCCGGAUUCAUGAUCUUUCGUCUAUUGGCAUUUCCCAGCUCCCACAAUUACAACUUGAGACUGAUAUAUUUCGUCUAAGCCUUAUCAGUACUUUUAAUUGUAUAGACUCCGAAGUUCUCCAACGCCGUGAUUAUCGCGAGAUCUUACGGAGUUGCCUUCAAAGUCUUUAUGGCCAGUGGAAAGAGCAAUUACAAACGGAUCAAGCGAACGAAGCGGAAAAGUCUUCCUUUUACCGUUACCGAGGAUCUCUCCAAGACAGUAACCUUGCAGAAGCGGAAGAAAUCCUGAAUAUAUUCCCUACGUUUGAUGAAAAUUCAGAGUCUGACUGGGAGCCGCGAGUCAGACUCGACAAUAGGACAAUUGUGCUACGGCUUUCUCGGAAGUUUAAUCAAUUGUUUUCCCAUGAAAAUAAAGAGUCGAGACUUAAAGAGCUGAUUUCGGAUGCCGCGGGGCUUAUUGCCUGUACUCCAUUAGAAUUGGACCUUGUGCCAUGGUCUUCAUUGCAGCCUCAGUAUCAUCUGCCUGCAAUUUUGUUAUUAUUAGAUAAGGAGCGUUGUACUCCAGCCGGACCUUCUCAGAACUUCUACGCCGAUGCAAACAUCCCAGAAGUAAAGAGACUGAUGAUGAUUGUGGAAAAAACGUGGCACCGAUUUUCUGACUUGCACAAAAUUUGGUCUGAACAUGCUACACUUGCGGACGUCCUUGAGUGUUGUUCUGGAAUCUAUCAAUUUAAGCACCGGGAACCAAUUGCCAAGUUCUUGACAAAAGCGGAAAAGCUGCAUGGGUAUAUUCACGAAUGGCAAACCGUUGCAAGCAAGGAAUAUUCCGCUGUUGACUGCUAUAAUGAACUGACUGCAUUGUUGAUCAGUUGGCGACGUCUUGAACUCUCCACAUGGGCUCGUCUUCUCGACAUCGAAUACGAGAAAUGCGAAAAUGAUGCCAAAAGUUGGUGGUUUGUUGCUUACGAAGUAAUAAUUGAAACACCACUGCAAAUACUUCGAGAUGGUCAAAAUUUAGCAAGCCACACAACCGAACUUAUUUCGACGCUGGAGAAUUUUAUUUCUUUGACGUCAAUCGGACAAUAUCGCUUCAGGUUGGAGCUUGUGGAGUGGUUUGUGUCUCUAUGUCAGCUAUAUCUUGUUGAUUUUCCUUCUCUGAGUCAGUUGGUUUCAGCCUUGUCAAAUUUGGUAAGACGCUAUAAACCGUUUGUGACGAUAUUUGAGGAGCAGCUAGCAAUCGGCCGCAAGUCUCUAGAACAAGAUCUGAAGCAGGAGAUAGUUCUUACAAGCUGGAAGGACACCAAUAUCGCCGUGCUUCGGGACAGUGCACGUCGUUCUCAUCAUAAAUUAUUCAAAGUCGUACGAAAAUAUCGAACCCUUCUAAGCCAGUUAUCAGACACCGUCAUCGGAAACGGACUUCCUACUUCUGGUUAUGUGUCGGAGAACUUUUCAAAAAUAUCCUUGGGCACAGCUAAACCAGUUCUGGCAACAGCCCUUGAUUACUGCUGCGGAACCGUGUCUGGCUGGCACACUAAGCCAGCUCGGUUCAAGAACCCAGAUUCUACGGCUAAGAACAUGCGUCAAGUAUACUUGGGGUGUUUUGUCGGUUUAGAUAUCGGCCAGGAACUAGACACUAUUAUGAAAGAUAUCUUUGACACUCUCAACGAUUUCAGGGCCAAAACCCCCAAAACCCUGACUGAAAGUAACAAGGAAGAGGUGCAGCAUCUUAAAAGUCAAAAACGCCGCUUUUAUGCAGAUAAAUUAAGGGAACUUCGACAUAUGGGCAUCCGCUCUAACCUUGGUACAGAUGAUUUAAGGAAGCAGAAUUCUAUUUCGUCCGUCAUCGCUACAACCCCAAAUAUUAUAUUUAAUGGGGAGUCUCGGAUUUUGGAAAGCGCAGAUUCAUAUUUCCAUCGAUUCCUGGAUAAUACGCCCAAGACACGUCAAGCUAGUCGCGAGUACUCCAACGAUCUGAGCAAUGUAGAAGCAGCGAGAAGUUCUGGUUUCGUUGAAGGGCUACUAUUUCGAGUUUUGGCUCAGAGAGUAGUGCUAAGUUCAGCGUUGAAGGCCCUACAGCCACUCUCUGAAGUUGUUCAGGUCAUGGAAAGCAUGUCAAGCCUAAAGAAAGGGGAUCUGCAAAUACUCAACCCAUCUACUGCUAAUCGGAAUGAUGUUAAGGGGGCGCUUGCCUGGUUAUCCGUAACUCUUGGCUUAUGUGUGACCAUUUUGAAUAUUCAAGCUUCUUGCACAAAAAUUGACAUAUCCGAGGUAGUCGAUAAAUUGACUUCAAGACAGUAUGAAGUGGACUGUUUAGAGAAGACGUUGCAAAACAUCGCAUCCCUUCCAUGGGGAUUAUCGUCCGCAACUCACGAAUACCAUGUUUCUCGUGCUCUAAUGCUCAUUAUGGAGGUCCGGAAAGAUGUACAAGGCAUAAUAUAUAACAACCCAAGUUUAGCAUUUGUUCUUCGCCAGGUACUUCCUUGGGCUGAAAUUGACCUGUCGGAAUGCCUAUUUACGAAUCAAACUCCGUCCGCCAUUGAUACCCUUGGAGACUUUGAUAUUUCACUUUUAGCCGCUACAGAUAAGAUAUUUGUGGUAUUGCAAAGGCUGAAGGAUUGUUUAGCAGCUCUACCUACUUCUAUUCAAGACUCUGGUUGGCUAUCAAAAUCCGAAAAAGUUUUCUCGAAAGCUCUGGAUGAACUUCAUAUUGAUGAGAUUGCGGGCAACAUCAUAUCCUCCUUGGCUACAAUAAAGUCAAUCUCCGAGCCAUCAGGAGGGUUGGAUAUCGCGCCUGCCCUUAUUGCCACCGUGAUGCCUAUAGUCAGUCAAUAUCACCAUAUAUGUCUUGACUUGGUUAAUCGAUAUUCUCUUAUUCACCGCGAAGUCUGUAAGAUGGGCUAUAUUCUCUCCAUGUCGUUCAUACGGGUGGCUUCUGAGGGACUAUGUAGCCCAGCAGAAGCAUCAGAAGAACAAGGAGCAACAGGGAACCUGGAAAGCGGGACUGGCCUUGGUGAGGGGGAAGGGGCUGAAGAUAUUAGUAAAGAUGUUCAAGAUGACGAGGAUCUUUCUGACCUGGCCCAACAGCAAUCAGACGAAAAAGCGGAGAAAGAGGAUACUAAUUCUUCCGAUGAUGCUGUGAACAUGGAUCAUGAUGACCUUGAAGCAAAUACCGAAAACGUUGAACAGACUGAGAAGUCGGAAGAUGGUGAGGAUUCUGAGAUAGAAAACCUCGAUGAUAUCGAUGAAGAGGUAGGCAGUGUUGAUGGGCUGGAUGAGUCUGCCGUAGACGAGAAGCUAUGGGAUGGCAAAAAUGAUCCUGGGCAAAAGGACACAGAAAACGACGAGGGUAAAGGUACAUCUCAUACGGAGGAGGAAACUGCUGCCCCUGAAAAGAAUCAUACGGAUGGAAAAGAAACGCAGGGUGACGAAAAUGACAGUGAUAGUGAAUCGGUUGCCGACGAAGAAUCCGAGGCAAUUGGCCGUGAAGAUAAUAUGGAUGUCACCGAACCGUAUGUGAAAGAGGAUCAAAUUUUGGACUUGCCAGAUGAUAUGGAACUUGAUGAACAGCAACACAACACCGACCCGGAUCCUGAUGAUGACAUCGACGAUGAUUUUCCAGAUGAUGACGAGAUGCCACCUGAGAAUUCUGAGGCUGUUACAAAGGAAAAUUUCCCAGACUCGCCAAGUCAAAACGAAAUAAAUGAAGAUGAAAAUAAAAAUGAAAUUGACAAUUCAGAUAACAAGGAAUCUGAAGGGUCAAAUAUAUCCGAUAGUGAUGAUCAGCAGGAUGUUAGCCCAGCUGAACAGCUAGACGCGGAGGUUGAAAAUACACAUGCAGCCCCAAGCGAAGCUGUAUCUGUAGGUCCGGAUACAGAGGAAAAUCGUGAUAAUGUAGCAACAGGGCAGGUAACGAGUGAACAACAGUCAAAUGAUCUAUGUCAAGACAGUGAGAUGCAAUCAAACGCGGGAAAAUACGGUGACGAUAAUGACAGGCAGGCUUCAGGAGAUCACGCCGGGGGUAGGGCAGAAGAUGCGCCGCAGGAUUCCCAGGCCCAGGCGUUUAAACAACUCGGUGAUAUCUUGGAACAGUGGCAUCGAUCACAACGAAAUAUCAAAGAGGCCUCCAAUGAUGGGAAAGUGGAUGAAAUAGAUGUCGACGUGAAUAUGGAGGAGGUUGACUUUGAACAUCUAGCCAAUGACGAAGAUGCCGCAGAUACCCAAGCUCUUGGUACAGCAAGCGAUGACCAAGCCAGAAAUCUCGAUCAUACCAAAGCCGUCGAAUCGAAUCAGCAAGUGGAAAACAAUGAUGUUUUUCCUGGUGAGAGUGAUCAUGAUAUAGAACAAACUAAAGAGGGACUGGAAGAUUUAAUGGAGCUAGACAAUACUGCGGGUCAGACAAACCAUCCUGCAUCAUUGCCAUUUGUGGCAGGGAAUAUUCAAGACAAAAGCGAUGUAGGUCAAUUCACAGAACAAGAUGAGAUGCAAGAAAAUUUAGAGGAUGUCGAUCGUCAUCUGUCAGCAAUUCAUCUUUCGCCUGAACGUCCCCCAUUAACCCCACCCGAAGAAGCACGGCGGCUGUGGUCUCAUUAUGAAUCUGUCACGCAAGACCUUGCACUAUCGCUUACAGAACAGCUUCGGCUGAUACUUGCCCCAACAAUGGCGACAAAACUAAGAGGCGAUUUCAGAACGGGGAAACGGCUGAAUAUUAAACGUAUAAUCCCAUACAUUGCGUCUCAAUUUAAGCGGGAUAAAAUCUGGAUGCGCCGCUCCAUGCCUUCGAAAAGAAAUUACCAGAUAAUGAUCGCAGUUGAUGAUAGUAAGUCUAUGCUUGAAAGCGCCAGCGGUCAACUUGCCUUUGAAACCCUUGCACUGGUAUCUCGCAGUCUUAGUAUGCUAGAAGCUGGAGAAUUAUGCAUUGUUAGCUUCGGGAACGAGGAUCAUAUCCGGGUGGCACACGAGUUUGGAAAACCAUUCUCAUCCAAUGCAGGAAUGCGGGUAUUUCAACAGUUCAGCUACAAACAAACUGGUACCAAUGUAAAGAGACUGAUCGAGGAAUCGACUGCAUUGUUUCGUGAUGCGAGGUCCAAACGGUCAUCAUCAAGCGGCGAUCUAUGGCAACUACAGCUGAUUGUAUCCGAUGGUAUUUGCGAAGACCAUGAGGAUAUUAAACGCCUGCUCAGACAAGCGCAAGAGGACCGAAUAAUGAUUGUUUUCAUCAUUGUUGAUGCGGUUAAAGAAGAGAGCAACUCAAUCAUGAGCCUUUCGCAGGCGACCUUUGAGCAUGAUGACUCAGGAGGGAAAUGGAAAAUGAAAAAGUACCUAGAAGGAUUUCCAUUUCCUUACUACCUAAUUGUGAGAAAUGUGAAUGAGCUUCCUUUUGUUCUAUCGCUGGCCUUAAAACAAUGGUUUGCUGAGGUUGUUGAUGUAUCGGCUUGA